UUAUAACGCACUUUCAAGCUUCGUAAAAAUAAUCUAUUUUUUUUUUUUCGAAAAAAUGAUAAAGUUACAUAAAAUUAUAUUGACCUUGACGGUCUUGGUUGUAAUAGUAUCUAAUAUUUUGGUCGAAGCACAAGUUCCCGCUCCCACUACAACUACACCUAAAUUACCUAUAAUACCACCACCUAAAACACCACUACCACCUCCACCACCUCCUCCUCCUCCAAAAACAACACCUACUGCCAUAACAACUGAUAUACCACCCCCUCCCAAAUCAACUGAACCACCACCUCCUCAAACAACUGAAACAUCACCUCCUCCUCCUCCUCCUCCUCCUAAAUCAACAGUAGCACCUCCACCUGUACAUUCAGAGCCAUUGUCACCUCCCCCUUCUUCUACAAGCGCUCCAGCUAGUCCAUCUCCUCUUCCUCCACAAUCAUGUAAUACAUCCAUAGAUUGUGAUAAUACAAAGUUCUGUGAUCAAGGAAAUUGUCAACCUAGAAGUUCAUUUGGUGAGAAAUGUGUCAAUAAAGAUGGAUGUUUAAAUCCACUUACUUGCAAUAAAGGAAUUUGUCAAUAUAAAGAUAAUGAAUCGACUAAAAAUCAUAAUUACGAUAUUAGAAAAGCUGCUAUAACAGGAGGAAUUAUUGUUGGUAUUUUUGUUGUUGGUGGUUUUAUUUUUAUUGUGUAUAGAUGUAUUAAAAAGAGAAAAGAACGUAAAGGCCGUGAACUUACGUCAAGUGUAUACUCAACGGAUGGAACGGCAGAUUUUGAUCCAAUUUAUCCAUUUUCAGAAAGAACAAAUUCAUUUUCAAGUAGUAAACCAACACAACCUUCACAUGUUCCUACUACAAAUCAUUAUGAUCCCCUUCCUCCUACUGGUACUACUGGUAAUGGUGGUUUUGUAGGAGGACCAGGAUCUCGACAGGGAUAUUAUAAUUAUUAUAAUAAUGAAUAUAAAGGAGGUUAUAUGAGACAAAAUGAAAACGAAGUUACAAAACGUACGAUGAAUCUUCUUCAACAAACGCGUGGAAAUGUUAUGAUUGCACCGCAUGCACCGCAUGCACCGCCACAUAUACCACAUCCACAACAUCCACAACUUCCUCAAAUUCCUCAACUUCCUCAACAUGUACCACAUGUACCACAUCCACCACAUCCACCACAUCCACCACCACAUUUACAACAAAAUUAUAAAUGGAAUUAUGGUGUCCCAGGAGUUCAACCAGCCCCACCUGCACAACAACAAUUAAUGAUGGAUCAAGGUGGAUUAUUUCCUGUCCCGUCUGUAACAAGACAAUAUGGUGGAUCUAAACUAAAUAAUGAUGUUAAAAAAAAUUCAAACAAUAAUAAAAUUAAUAAUAAUUCAUUUAAUUCAUCUGAUUCCUCUAAUUCUAAUGAAGUAAAUUCGGGUGAUAAACAAAAAAAGACUCAAAAUUUGAGAGACUUGCUUGACUCAAACUCGGUAGAUAGUAUGUUAUCAAGUGGCUCGGAAAAUAAUUAUGUAGAAUCUAUCUAUGAUACUUACGCAAGGGAUUUUAGACCAAAAACUUUAGAAGUCAAGUUAUCAAAAGAAACAAAUAAUAAUAAUGUUAUUAAAGAUAAUUUAGCAAGAAAUACAUCAGAAAAGAAAUAUGAUUCAACAAUAGAACAGAAUACUUCAAAAGAUUCAAAAUCCGUAACCAGAAGAUCUAGAUCUCGAACAUUUGGACAUGUUGAUCCUAGAAUUAAAUCUACUACCGUGCAAGAACAAAAAAGUGGAUCAAAAGGAUUAAAUGGAAUUAAUGAAUAUGAUGAAAAUUAAUAUAUUUAUUUCAAUAUCUAGUUUUUAUUUUUUAUAAUAAUUUAAUUAGUCAUUUUAAUUUAUUAAAAUUGGUCCUGGAUUGUUUGUCAAAUAACUCUUUUAAAUAAUAAUUAAAAUUGGUCAAAUGAUCGUAAAGUCCAA